AUGGCGGAGGGCGGCCAGCCCCCGCAGCAGCAGCAGCAGCAGCAGCAGCCACAGCCGCAGCUCCUGGCCGGCGGCGGCGCGGGGUCCGCCCGCGGCGUGAAGCGGGAGCCGGAGCUGGAGCAGCCCAUGCCCGGCGGGGACGGCUCGGAGGGCGGCCACAGCAAGCGGCUGCGGACGGAGGCGGAGGCCGACGGCGGCGGCAUGCAGAACGAGCCUCUGACUUCAGGUUAUCAUGGAUAUCCAGCAAGAGACAAUCAAGGUAACCAGGAGCCGUCAGCAACUCCUGAUGCAAUGGUGCAGCCAUUCACCACAAUCCCAUUUCCGCCACCCCCACAGAAUGGGAUUCCCACAGAGUAUGGGGUGCCACACACUCAGGACUAUGCAGGCCAGACCAGCGAGCACAAUCUGACACUCUACGGAAGCACGCAGCCUCAUGGAGAGCAGAGCACGAACACGGCCAGCACGCAGAAUGGAUCUCUUGCACAGACAGAAGGAGGGGCACAGACGGAUGGACAGCAAUCACAGACACAGAGCAGUGAGAAUACUGAGAGCAAAUCCACUCCAAAACGACUUCAUGUGUCUAACAUUCCCUUCCGCUUUCGAGAUCCUGACCUUCGGCAGAUGUUUGGGCAAUUUGGCAAAAUCCUUGAUGUAGAGAUAAUCUUUAAUGAGCGUGGCUCGAAGGGAUUCGGGUUCGUAACUUUCGAGAAUAGUGCUGAUGCAGACAGGGCCAGGGAGAAAUUACACGGCACCGUGGUAGAGGGCCGUAAAAUCGAGGUUAACAAUGCCACUGCGAGAGUGAUGACCAAUAAGAAGAUGGUCACACCUUAUGCAAAUGGUUGGAAGUUGAGUCCUGUGGUUGGAGCGGUGUACGGCCCUGAGUUGUAUGCAGCAUCCAGCUUUCAAGCAGAUGUCUCGCUGGGCAAUGACGCCGCAGUGCCCCUGUCAGGAAGGGGGGGUAUUAACACUUACAUUCCUUUAAUCAUUCCUGGCUUCCCCUAUCCAACUGCAGCCACCACAGCCGCCGCAUUUCGGGGUGCCCAUCUGAGGGGCCGAGGAAGGACGGUGUAUGGGGCAGUGCGGGCAGUACCUCCCACGGCCAUCCCUGCCUACCCAGGUGUGGUUUACCAGGACGGAUUUUACGGUGCUGACCUCUAUUUGACUGAAGAAAUGUUAACAUCCCGCUCUAAAUCUCUCAGUGGAGUCUCUGUUCCCUUCUCUGAUAUAACAGAUGGGGUGGAUAUGCAGCCUACAGAUAUGCACAGCCUGCUACUGCAACAGCAGCCACGGCCGCUGCAGCCGCUGCAGCAGCUUACAGCGAUGGUUAUGGCAGGGUGUACACAGCAGAUCCUUACCAUGCCCUUGCCCCUGCCGCUAGCUACGGAGUUGGCGCUGUGGCGAGUUUAUACCGAGGUGGCUACAGCCGAUUUGCCCCCUACUGAAGUGACGUGAGCCCCCUGCAAGUGGGACAGCCCCCCCAGUUCAUGAGGCCUGGCUAUUGCAAUAUUUACUAGUAGAGGAACUCUAUAGCAAGUCGAGGAGGAAAAACAAAAAAGAAAAAAACAAAAGAGAAAAUACUUUUUUAUACCUCACUAUGUUCUUUGAAUAUGUAUUUUAUUUUCCUUUAAAUUUCUGCCUUUAAUUCUUUUGUUCCAAAGAUCGUGCUUUUUUUUUGUUGUUGUUUGUUUUUUGAUUUUAUUUUUGGGUUUUUUUUAACUGUGGUAAAAAUAAUGCAUUUCCGUGUCUGUAUGUUGGUGCAUAGCUUAUCCUACCAAUCACGGAAAAGGCAAUUAGUGAUAAGGAAAGCUGUUAGAAACUGAUAUCAUGCAAUUAAUCAGGAACACGCAGACAGAGUUACUUCCCUGGGUCUGGUGCUUGGUGCCUGUGAGACAGGAGGACGUGAGGGAGAAGUCUCCACCUGCCGUGUUUCUGGUCUGCAGAAGGAAGCACUCUUCGGCUGUAGCUGGGACCUGAAUGCUGGUGGGAAAUAGUCAUUUACAUUUGGAAAUGGGGGAAAUGCAGAGACUUUCCUUGUUUCUGUCACCAUCUGAUGCGCACAGGUUUGUGACAGUUUCAGCAGUGUCAGAACUUUAGACUUCGCAAGAGAAGAGUCCC